AUGCGCUACAAGGGUGUGGAGGAAGAGAUGGUGGGGAUGCUGCAGGUGGCGAUGGCGUGUGUGGCAGCUGUGCCGGAGCAGCGGCCGAAGAUCGGGCAGGUGUUGAAGAUGAUUGAGGAGAUAAGGGGGGAGGAUCGCCGGGCGUAUGAGUCGUAUGGGGAGACCGAGUCUCCUUGUGUGUCUGAGGGAAAUGGGAUUAUUAUGGCGGUCAAAUUUGAUGAAGAGUGGGUGCAAACUCACACGGGCUUCCCUAUUAAUGGGAAGUUGAUCUACAAGAAUAGAGACCCUCACAAUCAGCUUUGCAGGGAAUACUUUGAAGAGAAGAAAGAAAUUCUAAAGGCCAAGUCAAAGACAAAGGCCAAGGCUACACAAGAAGCUGGUAGCAUGAGGAGAUAUGUUGAGGAGUUACUUGAAACACUUGUUGAGUCUUCUGAUAAUAAGGACAUUGAGUAUUUUUAUGCUGCUUCAGAUCUUAUACCAAUUUUGGCUCAACAUAUCAGAGAUGCUUUUGAGAGUGAAGAUGAAAUAGAGAACAAGCACCUUCAGUGGGAUGCUUGCUCUAAGGAGAUAAAUAGGCUGAAUAAGAAAUUAGAGUGCUAUGAAGGGACCGCUGACUUGAUUAAUGCCGAAGACCUGAAGAAGAAUGUGAAGAGGAUUAAUUCACAAAAUGAUAGGCAUACAGGCAAGGAAACCUCUCAUAUUACCAAAGUUGUUGCGCAAGAAGAGAUGGAGGUAGAGAAAAGUGAAUGGCAAGAGAAGGAGGAUGAGAAUGUGGAGAAAGCUAUAGAGAGUGAGGAUGAGAAGAAAGAGGAAGCGAGAGAGGAUGAGAAGAAAGAGGAAGAGAUAGAGGGGGUAGAGAAAGUGGAAGAGGAAAAAGGAAAGAAGGAAGAUGAAUAA